AUGUUUUCUUGGCUUGCAAGCUUGGUUUCUUCAUGCCUGAGUCCUAUGAGGCGCUAUGCCCGCAUGGGCAAUGAUGACACUAGUGAUGAUGGUUCUUCAACUGCUGAGCGGUCUCUUUUCUGGCGUAGAGACCUUGGGAAGCAUUCUUGGGGUGAAUUUUCCUUCGCUGUGAUUCAGGCCAAUGAAGUUAUUGAGGAUCAUAGCCAGGUUGAGAUAGGCUCUGAUGCUAUCUUUGUUGGAGUUUAUGAUGGCCAUGGAGGUCCUGAGGCUUCCGUGUUCGUCAGGGAUCACCUCUUCCAGCAUCUAAUGAGUAUUGCUAAGGAUAAUGGUACUAUCUCUGAAGAAACCCUCAGGGGUGCCGUUUCUGCUUCCGAGGAUGGGUUUAUGACUGUUGUCCGUAGGAGUUUUAGGAUUAAAAAAGUGAUUGCAACUGUGGGUUCCUGUUGUCUAAUUGGUGUUAUCUGGAAAGGGACCCUAUAUAUCGCUAAUGUUGGAGAUUCCCGUGCUGUAAUUGGUUCCAUAGGUGGAUCUAACAGGAUCAUUGCUGAGCAGUUGAGUAGAGAGCACAAUGCCAAUAUAGAGGAGAUUAGAGAAGAACUCAGGGCUUUGCAUCCAGAUGAUCCAGAUAUUGUAGUCAAGAGCCGUGGAGCAUGGCGCGUUAAAGGCAUCAUCCAGGUAACCAGAUCCAUAGGAGACGCAUAUUUGAAGCGGCCGCAGUUCGCUUUAGAUUCGUCAUUCCCACGCUUCCAUUUGACUAAAAAUAUUACCAAAGCUGUGCUGACAGCAGAACCAUCUGUAAUGUCAAGAAAUUUACAACCCCGUGACAGAUUCAUCAUAUUUGCAUCAGAUGGACUUUGGGAACUCUUGACAAAUCAGGAAGCAGCUGACAUUGUUCAUAACAAUCCGCGAAAUGGGAUUGCAAGAAGACUUCUUAAGACUGCUCUAAGGAAAGCAGCUAGAAGGGCGAAUAUGACAUAUAAACAGCUUCAGAAAGUUGAGAAAGGGAAAAGAAGGGAUUAUCAUGAUGAUAUCACUGUGAUUGUUGUGUUCAUAGAUCAUGGGUUGCUUGGGAAGAAACCUAAAGUACCAGAGUUGUCCAUAAAAGGGUUCAUGGCCUCGGAUGGACAAUCAAAUUUUAAACAAAUCCAGGAGCUUAUGUGA